AUGGUCAAGAUUAAGCCCUUCGCAGUUGAACAGUGGAUGGACAAGUAUGAGACCACGGCUAAAUAUAACACCGCUGAGACCUGCUGCGCGUCCAUAUCCGUUGACGAUCUCCGCGCGCUGUCCGAUGACAAAGAGUCCAACCCUCUCGCCGAGCUUCAAUCAACCAAACUCACAUAUGGAGCGAUCCGCGGUUCCGAUAAGCUACGAACCACGUUGUCCAAUUUAUAUUCCGUGAGGGCACCGACCCCAUUUUCAAAGGAUAAUAUCUUGAUUACCGCUGGCGCAAUCCAAGCGAACUUCUUGCUGCUGUAUACGUUGGUUGGACCAGGGGACCAUGUCAUCUGUCAUUAUCCAACAUAUCAGCAACUUUUCUCUGUUCCUGAAUCAGUGGGUGCUGAAGUCAGCUUGUGGAGAUCCAAAGAGAAAGAUGGGUGGCAGCUGGAUAUUGAAGAGCUGAAAAGCCUCAUCCGCCCCAACACGAAGUUGAUUAUCGUAAAUAACCCGCAAAACCCAACUGGCGCGAUCAUCCCGCGGCAAACUCUUGAGCAAUUGAUAGAAAUUGCCCGCGAGAACUCCAUCAUAAUCCACUCUGAUGAGGUCUAUCGACCGAUCUUCCACAGCAUCAGUCCAGCAGACCCGAAAUUCCCGCCCACACUUCUCUCCCUGGGAUACGAACACACCGUGGUGACAGGGUCGGUCUCCAAGGCUUAUAGCUUAGCAGGGGUGCGGGUCGGUUGGGUUGCGUCGCGCGACAGCUCUAUCAUCGAAGCUAUUGCUAACACUCGCGACUAUACAACUAUCUCGGUUGGGCAAAUUGACGACGCCAUUGCCAGUUUUGCACUUGCGCCGGAUUGCAUCCAUAAUCUUCUGAAGCGAAAUAUCGAUCUUGCACGGACUAACCUCUCUCUUUUGGAGAAGUUCAUCGACUCCCACCGCUGGGCAUGUGAGUGGAUCAGACCGCAAGCUGGUACCACUGCCUUUGUGCGCUUCAACAAGAUGGGCAAACCAGUCGACGACGUCGCUUUCUGCGAAAUGCUUCAGGAGCGCACUGGCGUGAUGCUUGUGCCAGGAAGUCUUUGCUUUGGAAUUGGAGAAGAUUUCAAGGGCUAUGUUCGUAUCGGAUUCGUCAAUGAGACCGAGAUCCUGGAGCAGGGAUUGGACGCAUUGCGGGAAUUCAUGGAGGAUGGUUAUGAGGAUGUCCCAGCGGCGAAGAAGCCCUCUGUGCAAAAAUAA